AUGGACCGCGUGCGCGUGCUGUGCCGCGUGCGGCCGGAGACGGCCGACGAGUCGCGGCGCGGCGUGGGCGUCGUGAAGAUCGCCGGCGGCAUGCGCGUCGACCUCGCGGGCGCGUCCGAGUUCAUCGGCGAGCACGAGGGCCACUACACCUUCGACGCGGCCCUCGGCGUCGAGGCGUCCCAGGCCGCCGUCUACGACGCCGUGGCGAAGCCCAUGGUCGCCGACGUGCUCCGGGGCUUCAACGCGACCCUCUUCGCCUACGGCCAGACGGGCGCGGGCAAGACGCACUCCAUGUUCGGCCCGCGCGACGCGGGCGACGGGUCCGCGGCCGUCGGCGUCGUGCCGCGGCUGCUCGUCGACAUCUUCCGGAGCCUGAGCGAGGGCGACGCCGUGUCCCUGAGCUGCCUCGAGCUCUACGACGACCUGCGGGACCUCCUGGCGCCCGGCGGCGCGCCGGCGCGGCCGCUCAAGAUCGUCGAAACGAAGGACGGCACCAUCGACGUCGACGGCUGCGUCGAGGCGCCCGUCGCCGACGCGGCGGCGGCCCUGGACCUCGUCCGCGGCGCCCUCGCGAGCCGCAAGACGGCCUGCCACGACAUGAACGCGGACAGCUCGCGGAGCCACUUCGUGACGUCGCUCCGCGUCACGCGGCCGUCGACGGACGCGUCGUCCGUCGUGCGCCUCGUCGACCUCGCCGGCUCCGAGCGCGUCGCCAAGACCCAGGCCACGGGCGCGACGCUGGACGAGGCGAAGCGCAUCAACAGCUCGCUGUCCGCGCUCGGCAACGUCAUCUCCGCGCUCACGUCGCAAAACGCGAGCCACGUGCCCUACCGCGACAGCAAGCUCACGCGCCUGCUCCAGUCGAGCCUCGGGGGCAACGCGAAGACGGCGCUCCUCGUCUGCGUCUCGUCGUCGAGCCUCCAGUGCGAGGAGACCGUGUCGAGCCUCCGCUUCGGCAUCCGCGCGAAGCGCGUCAAGAACGCGGGGACGAUCAAC